GCAAGCCACAGUGCGUUGCAAGGGCUGCAGUACAACUACAACAUGCUGUCCUUUCUCCACCAACAGCUGGAAAGAGUGAAAGACUUGGAGCGACCAUCCGUUGCAACGACAGAAGAAUGGCAAGCUUUCCAUCUGUGCAUUGAAAAGGCAAACAGGCUGCUCGUCAUGCACUCAGAGCCAUUUGACAUCAGAACCUUCUACAAGAUUGACGAUGUUCGCAAAACUAUUGAUGAAACCUGUGGGUUUCUUCAGGCGCAGACUCAAAAAUGGCAGAUGCAUUGUGCCUCGGAGCUUGAAGGUGCUGUGCCCACAGGCUUCAUCAGGGAUGACAGGGAGUACUUGCACAAACUGCUUUGCUACAUCCUCAAGGGCAAGGAGAGUGGCGUCGACAAGAACUUGCUCCAUCUAUGGAUGAACAUCAAGCAUGCCCAUGAACAUGAGCUGAAAUUCUUGUUGAUCAUUGCUGAAGAUGCUCUUGCCCUGCAGAGGCUGAUAGGUGAAGGUGGAUAUGGUCUCGUGUAUGAGGCACAGUGGGGCAAUGAUACAGUGGCCAUAAAGAGGCCACUUGCUGAAGGCGACCUGCCAAUUGAAGAGUUUGCAGGCUUUGUCAAGGAAGUGGUUGUGCACGCGAAGCUCAGACACCCCAAUGUUGUCCAGGUGCUUGCAACCAAUCCAUCUGGAUGGUUGGUCAUGGAAAAGGCGGACACGGAUCUUGGGGCUUUGUGUCAAAGCUCAAUGCAAAUUGGCUGGAGAGGGACACUCAACCUCCUCCGGCAGGCCGCAAAAGGGUUAUGUUUCUUGCACAGACUUUCUCCUCCUGUUGUCCAUUCAGACAUCAAAAGUUCGAACUUUCUCAUAUUUGGGAUGGAUCCAGAAAACUGCAACGUGAAGAUCACAGACUUUGGACUUGCGUUUGAAGCUGUCAAAGGGAGGAGCAAGAUGACCAGGUUGGGAGGAGGAACGCUGGAGUGGAUGGCACCUGAACUGUAUGAAGGGGAGCCUACCUCGGCCCCAUCUGACAUCUUUGGCUUUGGGGUUGUCAUAUAUGAGGAGCUGCCAGAAAAUUGGAGUCCUUAUCAGCAACCUCUGAAUAAGAUUGGAUCCAGCAACCUUCAAGGAGCAGCUGGGGAGCAUGCAGCAAAGCCAGAUCAUUGGAGCGAUCAGAUCCGGGGACUUGCACUGCAGCCACCAAGAUCUGGGGAGACACCAGAUGCUGUGGUGGAAGACAUUGCGGAAGAUGAGGAAGCGCAUGGUCACGGUGGGCAAGCGUUCAAAGAUCCAGAUUGGCGAUGCGAGCACAUCCUCAAGCACGAGUGCUGGUUGCUGUCGCUGGUCGUGACCAAAGACUGGCUGGUGUCUGGAUCCGAUGACGGAAAGAUUCGUGUGUGGAGACUGGGCGUUGGGGGUCCACCCAGUCAGUGCUCAAGGGGCAUACGGGUAAUGUGUUAUCAUGGGCAGCCAAUGGCGAAUAUCUUUUCUCUGGGUCUGGUGAUAGCACUGUGA